GCAUAUUGAUGAAAACAUCAUCAUCAUCAUAAUCAAAAUACAUACAACGUUAGUCGAUAUAGUCAUGCCACACACACACACUGAAGAAAGAUAUAGCCCUCUUUCCCACACACAUCAAAGUGGUUGAGUCAGUCAUUGCUCGGAUCAUUCUUUUUUCUUUGGCCAACAUAUAGAAAGAGAGAGAAAACGGUAAAAUAUAACGGUAUUUGAACGAACAAAGUUGAACAUCAAACGUAAACAAAAAAUUUAAAAUGUCAUCGAAAAAACAACCAUUAGUUUAUUUGACACGUAUUGAAAAAUUCUCCUCGGCUCAUUGUUUAUUUAAUCAAGAAUUUUCUAAAGAAAAAAAUCUCAAUAUAUUUGGUAAAUGUACAAAUAUUCAUGGACAUAAUUAUACAUUGGAAGUAACUGUAAAAGGAUCAAUAAAUAAUGAAACCGGUAUGAUUAUGAAUAUAAAUGAUUUGAAAAAAAUUCUUGAAGAUAAUGUUUUAAAUUUAUUGGAUCAUAAAUAUAUUGAUAAGGAUGUUGAAUAUUUUUCCGGUAGUAACAACAAUGAUAAAUCAUCGUCGACCAUUAUUAGUACAAGUGAAAAUAUUUGCCUGUUUAUUUGGCAACAGAUUGCAAAAUGCUUACCGAAUCCAGUACAAUUACAUUGUAUAAAAUUACAUGAAACAGAUAAGAAUAAAGUUAAAUAUUAUGGUGAAACUAUAUGA